CCAGCCAUGGCCGAGUCCCAGCUCAUGUGCAUGGAGGACGGACAGAUCGGAACCAAAGUCCCGGAGUCCAAACCAGAGUUCUACUACAGCGAGGAGCAGCGCGCAGCCGUGGAGGAGCUGCUGAGGAACGGGGACGGAGCCUUCAAGACUCGUCUCCAGGAGGACAACACCAAAGACUUCUUAUCCGCCAGAGAGGUCAAGCUGCUGGUGAGCUCCUUCAGGCAGUACGACCUGGAGGAUGGAGAGGAUGGAGAGGAUGGAGAGGCCAAAGGUGCCAAAGGUGCCAAAGACUCCGGGGUCCAUUCCACAUACUGGCCCCAGAUGUCGGACACCGAGGUGCCCCCUCUGGACCUGGGCUGGUCCGGCGGCGGGUUCUUCAGAGGGGUCACCCGGGUGUCCGUGCACACACACCCGCCCAAAGCAAACGGACCUCACAUCAAGGAGGUGGUGCGGAGACUCAUCCAGGAGGCCAGCAAGGUAAUAGCGAUCGUGAUGGACAUGCUCACGGACGUCCACAUCCUGCAGGACCUGAUGGACGCGGCCUGCCGCCGCUCCGUGCCCGUUUACAUCCUGUUGGAUCACCAAGGCGUUCCGCACUUCCUGGAUAUUUGCUCCAGGCUGCAGAUCGGCUCACAGCACUUAAAGAACAUCCGCACCAGAACGCUUCAGGGAACUGGCUUCGCUUUGUCCUUCGGCAGACUGCCUGGUUCACUCUGCAAUAAGUACAUGCUGGUAGACGGGGACAAAGUCGUGUUCGGCUCCUACAGUUUCUCCUGGUGUACGUCUCGUAUGGACCGGAACAUGAUCACUGUGAUGACGGGGCAGGUGGUUGACUUCUUUGACCAGGACUUCCGGGAGCUUUACGCCGUCUCAGAGAAGAUGGACCUCUACAAGGAGUUCCACGUCAGCCCGCCUGCUGCCAAAGAGGCAACACGAUCCAAAGUGGGGACCUUGCGCCCACCUCUACCGGCGACUACGUCCCGCUUCCAGGUCACCCUAGGGGAUUCACGGAACGCUCCCAUCCAGGUGCCAGCGCACAAAUACCACAACCCCAAAUACUCACUGGUGUUUGGGAACGUCCCACGACCACCAGGGUCUCUGCAGGAGCUGGGACCUACGAGGGCGUCGGCUCUGGCUGAGUAUCCUGAGGAGUUGGAGCCGGGGAGGCCACGAGUGGCCAGCAGUGUGAAGCUGGACCGGAUGAGUACGCUGCCCUCGGAAGACCCCACCGAAAGCUUCAAGAGGCCCAACAGAGUCACGCAGGACAAGAAGGGGCGAGUUCCAUGGAUGCAGAAAUUCUCCAGGAAGAAACCGCAGAGUAAGGAAGUUUCGGAUAACAGCGCGGCGGACAGUGCCGAAGAAACCAGUAGGACGGAUGAGAACGAGGACAACUUUGAGGUUGUCGUGAAAUCUCCACCUAAAUGGUGGACUAAGAAGCAGCCUAAACUGGGCCAGAGGACAGAAUCUGUGCAAACUAUCAACACAGCAGAGGACAAUGAGUGUAUUAAGGGUCGCCGUCGAGGAAAAGAAUGUAACGUGUCCUGAGGCGAACCACUGAGCGGACUACAUUCCUAAAGGGGAUUACAAAAAGACUUCCUCUACGUUAACACUCACCUUUGACUGUGCAAUAUUGUACGUACUUUGUCCAGCGUCUUACAGGAAGACCACAUGAAUGUCCAUUCUUGCUGCACUGAUUCCUGCAGUUUUCAUGUUUUGUGCAAGAUUUAAAAUGGAAGUCAAUAAUCAAAAAGCUUUGGGAUACUCAAUGACCUGGUGUAGGUUGCAGAGAGGUUUAAUGACUGAUGAUCGAGUGCUUGCUUAAUGUAAAGUUGGUCAUACUUGUUUUUUAUUUCUGGGCAUUUAGCAAAUAUGGGUUAGACCCUCUCUGAGAAAGCUAAAGCAGGACAUUGUCUGGCAAUGAUUUCUUAAUUUCUCCAUUUGACUUUCCCACCAAUUAAAACCAAACUAAAAUAAAGUUGUAUACCUGUGUCACCCCUGUGGUGAUGAGGUGCUGUGGGCCUUUAUUAUAUGUGC